UUAUCAACGAUUCUUCUGGUAUGGACGGACAUGGACUUCACCGCGUGCUACGAGGAUACCGUGUCCAGCGUGGCUGCCGCCGCGCGCGCGGGUCGCGCGGAGCGGGUGAGGGCCCUGCUUGGUGGGGGCUGUCGCAUAGACUCCCGGGAUAAUCGCGGCUGGACCGCCCUGCACGAGGCGGCCGCUGCCGGCAGCAGAGCGUGCGUGCGGGAAAUCCUGGCUGCUGCUCUGCAUGCUCGCUCCUGCAGAGGAGCUCCAGACUUGGUGAAUGCUCAAACCCACGAGGGGGAGUCUGCUUGUUACCUGGCAGCGCAGCGGGGGCACCUGAGAGUGGUCCGCCUCCUCCUGAAAGCCCACGCCGACAUCGACCAGAUGACCAACGACUUGUCCUGUCCUCUGUAUGCAGCUGUAGACAGGGGGCACAAGGAUGUGGUUGAGCUGCUGGUGUCUAAGGGAGCGGAGGUGAACCGGACACACACGGCGUCCUGCUGGACCUGCCUUCAUCAGGCUGUUUACAAGGGCCACAGCCGAAUAGUGUCCAUCCUGGUGAGGGUCUGUAACCUGGAGGUUCUGGACGACCACGGCAUCUCCCCUCUGUUUGUGGCUGCGCAGUACGGACAGACGGAGAGCCUGGAGGCUCUCAUCCAUGCUGGUGCAGAUGUAAACAGCCAAGCCGCUGAUCUAGCCACCCCGCUCCUUAUCGCCGCACAGGAAGGUCACGCGGCAUGCGUGGACCUCCUGUUGGACCACGGGGCAGAUCCGAACCAGGCCUGCAGUACCGAAUGGCCUCAGCUUCCCAUUCAUGCUGCGGCUGAAUUCGGACACACAGG